GCCUCAAGCUCCAACAGUAGCGCUAGCUUAUCCCCUCCUACUCCCCCCCCUCAUCCUCCUCCUCCUCGCUCGCCCAUGGCCAUGGCCACCACCUCCGUCACCUCGCUCGCGAUGGCCAUGGCCGCGGCCGCCUCCGCCGACGCCACCCAGGCCCCGCACAAGCUCUCCGCCCUCCCCUUCCACCACCUCCUCUUCUCCCGCGCGCCGCCCCUCCUCCGCGCCUCCCGCCGCCUCCCCCUCGCGCCCCUCGUCGCCUCCUCCGACGCCGCCGCCGCCGCCGAGGCCGGCGUCGAAUGGAGCGAGACGGAGGAGGCCGAUGAGGGUUCCCAGGAGGAGGAGGAGGAGGAGGUGGUCGAGGAGCAGGCGGAGGCGGAGGAGGAGGUGGUGGCCUCCGUGGAGGAGGAGGAGGAGGAAGCGGUGGAGGAGGAGUUCGCGGCGGAGCCCCCCGAGGAGGCCAAGGUGUACGUCGGUAACCUGCCGUACGACGUCGACAGCGAGGGCCUCGCCCAGCUCUUCGAGCAGGCCGGCGUCGUCGAGGUCGCCGAGGUCAUUUACAACAGAGAGACAGGGCAGAGCCGUGGAUUUGGGUUCGUUACCAUGAGUACGAUUGAGGAAGCCGACAAGGCCAUUGAGAUGCUUAACCGCUAUGAUAUCAACGGAAGGCUUCUGAACGUAAACAGGGCGGCUCCAAGGGGCUCUCGUGUGGAGAGACCUCCAAGGCAGUUUGCUCCUGCUUUCAGGGCUUAUGUUGGCAACCUGCCAUGGCAAGUGGAUGACUCUAGGCUGCUGCAAUUGUUCAGCGAGCAUGGAGAGGUGGUUAACGCUUCGGUUGUCUACGAUAGAGAAUCUGGGCGUUCUCGGGGAUUUGGUUUUGUUUCCAUGGCCUCCAAGGAGGAGCUCGAUGAUGCUAUUUCUGCCCUUGAUGGACAGGAAUUGGAUGGCCGCCCACUUCGAGUGAAUGUGGCAGCUGAGCGACCACAGCGAGGCUUUUGAUUCCAUAUGGCGUUGGGGAGCAUGUCUGCACGUUUGAACAAGAAUGCUAAAGUGUUAUGCGUUAAGGCGGAAGCUGAUGGUUGUCAUUUACAGAGCGCGCGUUAGCUUCCUGAUUUUGAGUCCUCCCGUCCUUUUUAUGUGUCUUCCAAGCUGAUGUUAUGUUAAAUUAUUCUCAAAAAUAUGAGUUCAACUUUCCAAGUAGGAUAUUUAUAAUGAUGAUGUCCUUAGUAUUUUUUUUCCGUGAUAAUCCAAAAGUUCACUUGUCGACCAUAUAUCUGAGAAAAGGAGCAAAUGCAUGGCAGCAGCCAGUGCUUACCCCUA